GCGAAUGCCACUCGCUAAGCCGGCUAAGAAACAUGGUGCCAGUUGCGAUGACGCUGCGGCAUGGCUUGUGCCGGGCGAUAGCCCUAGUAAUUCUUGUUUUUACGAUAGUGCACGCAAGGGACAGCAAGUGCGGGGGAUGUCCCAAUCCGUACAAGGGAUGGAAAUGUAAUUGUGCAGGCAUAAAGGGGGCACCAGGACUUGAAGGACUUCCGGGUAUACCAGCUAGACCAGGUGAUUACGGCGAUGUAGGUUUUCCGGGAAAUCCCGGGCCGAAAGGAGAAAAAGGAUCCGAUGGUGAAUAUGGACCUGUAGGUGAUAAAGGACCUAGAGGAGAUGAAGGACUACAAGGAAUACAAGGAAUACCCGGUCGAGCUGGUGAACCAGGUGAACCGGGAGUUCGAGGACCACCAGGUAUUGACGGUUACGACGGUGCUGACGGAGCGCAUGGUGUUGCUGGUACUCCAGGGCGUCCAGGACCACGUGGUUCUCCAGGUCCUGAAGGUCCUCAAGGUCCAGUUGGAGAAGCUGGUGACGGAGGUGGAAAUUCCAUAGGAGUAAAAGGAGAAAUGGGUAUUAGCGGUAUUGAUGGAAUCCAAGGUAUAGAUGGUCUACAGGGACCUAGAGGUCCUACUGGUUACAGAGGUCCACCUGGAGUUUCUGGUAUUGGUGGGGAAGCGGGACCAAAAGGGGUACAAGGAGAUGCAGGUGACAACAAACCCGGUUUACCUGGACAACGUGGUAUGGAUGGUGAUCAAGGCCAAAAAGGGGAAAAAGGAGAUGGAUUCGCUAAAGGAGAUUGGUCAGUUGUACCUACCACCCUCAAUUUAAAAGGAGAGCCCGGAGACAAAGGACAGAAAGGAGAAAUGGGAGAAUGGGGAAGAAAAGGAUACAUAGGAGAACGUGGACAGCCUGGUAUUCCUGGACGUAAAGGAGAAUCGGGUUUCAGAGGAGAUCAAGGUAUAGACGGUUUUUACGGAAAGCAAGGUCCACCAGGACCUGAGGGACCUGCUGGAGAAAAGGGAGAUAAAGGUGCACCCGGAUACGCAGGUCAAGAUGGUUUAGAUGGAGAUAAAGGAGGAAUUGGUGAAUCAGGAAGACCAGGUAGCCCAGGUCCUCAAGGAAAGGAAGGUCCCCCAGGUGUCUAUAAUCCAUUCCUCGACGAGCCAGCUAAGCCGGGACCCCGAGGUAGACAAGGACCCGAUGGGCCCAUGGGAGAAAUUGGUAUGUCAGGAAUACCCGGAUUACCGGGUAUGCCUGGCCCGAUGGGAGAACCGGGAAAGCCAGGCCCUCAAGGAAGGCCUGGUGUGCCAGGUAUAAAAGGACUUAGUAUUAAAGGAGAACGUGGCGAAGACGGUUUACCCGGUAGACCUGGUAACCCUGGACCACCAGGUGAACCAGGAAUUGUCGGUAUAAUGGGACAAAAAGGAUUUCCUGGUGAAACAGUAUUUGGACCCCCGGGUCCUGCGGGGCUUCCAGGUCUAGAUGGUUUUGACGGACCUCCUGGCGACAGAGGUGAUACUGGUGAUGCUGGUCUCAAGGGAUUCCCUGGUGCAGGAAGUCCUAUAAGAGGGCCCCCAGGAGAAUCAGGUUCACGUGGACCUCCUGGUAUUGCGGGAGACCCGGGUUUCCAUGGUAUGGAUGGAUUUCCAGGAUUAAAAGGAAGGCGUGGAGAUGACUGUGGUGUUUGCCGUCCUGGUUUAAGGGGGAAUAAAGGGGAUAAAGGAGAGGCUGGUCGUUUUGGUCGCCCUGGAACAAUUGGAUACCAAGGAUUGCCAGGACCGCGUGGACCUCCUGGCCCUGAUGGAUUACCGGGACCGGCAGGAGAGCCUGGGUUAGAUGGAACACCUGGAACAGACGGUAUGGAAGGAGUACCAGGACCUCCAGGUAACCCAGGAAUACUCACUUACCCUCCCGGUAACUUAAUAUUAGCCGACGAAGCAGAAACAGGAGAUGCUGGUUUUCCGGGAUUGAUGGGACUUGAAGGGCUUCCUGGUCCAAAGGGUCCGAUGGGUGAUGAAGGAUUUGUAGGUCUCAAAGGUCAAUUUGGUGAUGAUGGUGAGCCAGGAAUACCUGGAAAAGAUGGUUUGCCUGGUCUAAACGGAACUCCGGGAAUGAAAGGUGAACCAACGUCAGCUACAAAAGAAGAUGUUAUGGGAUCGCCUGGUUUAAAAGGAAUUAAGGGAACGAAAGGAGAGCCUGGAGCACCUGGACCUAGAGGUAUGGAGGGAGAUGUAUUAGGACUAUAUGAAGAUAAGCGAGGAGACAGAGGAUCUAAAGGCGAUAUAGGAGAACCAGGUUAUGAUGGUUUGGUUGGACCGAAAGGAUUCCGGGGAUCACCUGGUUUACCGGGACUACAAGGUUUAACCGGAGAACAGGGAAUUUCGUUCGACGGACCACAAGGUCUUAAAGGAUAUCCUGGCAUUCGAGGAGAUCAAGGAUUCAGAGGACCAUCCGGUCCAGAUGGUAAACCAGGAAUAGAUGGUCUUCCUGGUAUUCGCGGACCAAAAGGAGAUCGAGGAGAUUACGGUUUAGCAAUUUUGAAUGGUGUUAUGGGAAUCAAAGGAUUGAAAGGUGUUAAAGGACAAACAGGAGAUUUUGGACCAGACGGACGUCCUGGACUUGCAGGAAGACCUGGACUUAAAGGAGAUAAAGGAGCCAAAGGAUCUCCAGGAUAUAGCGGCGCUACCGGUUUUGCUGGAGCUAAAGGACAAAAAGGCGCAUCAAUCACAGGACCACCAGGAAGGUAUGGUGCUGAUGGAUUACCUGGAUUACCCGGACAAUUCGGAGAUAUUGGACCAAAAGGAGAAGACGGUAUUACAGGACCAGUAGGGUUACCUGGAGCAAAGGGUGAACCAGGACUUCAAGGAUUCCGAGGAUUCCCAGGAGAUGAAGGUCCUGUUGGAUACCCUGGUCACAGAGGUUCAGAUGGAUUAAUGGGGGUUCCGGGUCUAUCCGGCGAGAGGGGUGAUAUGGGCUUUCCAGGUCUAAAUGGAUUACCUGGUCCCAAAGGACUGCCCGGUUAUUAUGGCAGGAAAGGAGAACGGGGAAAUAUCGGAUAUCAAGGACUACAGGGUUUUAAGGGAGAAGCUGGAUUAAAAGGAGGCAGAGGAGAUCAAGGUUUGCCAGGCUGGGACGGAGAGGAAGGAGAAUCUUCACAAAGUGGAGAAAAGGGAGAUGCUGGAGAGCCAGGUUUACCUGGACCUCAAGGAUUUAGUGGACGUCCGGGAUUACCGGGUUUGAAAGGAUUAGCAGGAGAUGACGGAAGAGAUGUAGUAGGUCCAAGAGGUCAAAAGGGCGAGCGUGGUGAGCCAGGUAAAGAUGGACGUAAUGGAUUUAUUGGAAUUAAAGGUGAACAAGGAGAACACGGAGACGUUGGUUAUAAAGGAUUUAUGGGCGACAAAGGAACAAUUGGUCAACCAGGAAUACCCGGUCUAAACGGGAUACCCGGCUUCAAGGGCAGUAGAGGUGAUAUCGGACGUAUGGGAUUCAAUGGAACAAAAGGAGAAAGAGGAGUGGAUGGUGAACCCGGACUAAUAGGAAGACCAGGUAUGCCUGGUGAUGAAGGAUAUCGUGGAGCGAUAGGAGCUACCGGCGCUAAAGGUCUAAAAGGAAACAGGGGUCUUGCUGGUAUUGCACCAAUUGGAUUUGCAGAAAAAGGGGAUAUUGGAGACUAUGGUAUGACUGGUAUUCAAGGUUUAAAAGGAAUACAAGGAGAUAUCGGUUUUCCUGGAUUGAUUGGCUUAAAAGGGGAAUUAGGUGCUAGUGGAUUUGCUGGAUUACCAGGUGAUUUCGGAUAUCCAGGAAUGCCCGGCGCUAGAGGGGAUGUAGGACUACCUGGACCACCAGGAAUACCAGGACAAAAUCCUGAACGAGGUGAACCAGGUCAAGAUGGUUUUGAUGGACUUCCUGGACGACCAGGGUUCCCAGGGCAAAAAGGAGCUCCUGGAGAAUUUGGGCCUGACGGACCUAUGGGAAGAGCUGGUAAGCCAGGAAUAUCAUUAACUGGUUUCAAGGGAGAACAAGGAGAUGACGGUUUUCCUGGAUUCCCAGGACAGCCUGGCCCAAGAGGUGAACCAGGUAUUCAAGGAAGAAUGGGCCGUGCAGGUCCUAAAGGUUUUGUUGGGGACCAAGGAUAUUCGGCUUAUAGUGCAAAAGGAGAAACGGGGGAUGUUGGUUAUAGAGGUUUACAAGGAUUUAAUGGAACCAAAGGAGAACGUGGUGAACCAGGAUUAGACGGUUUACCAGGCCCUCGAGGUCCUCAAGGUCUUAAGGGAGUAAGAGGUUUAUUUGGAUUAGAUGGUGUGGAUGGUUUUCCUGGUCUUAAAGGGUCCAAAGGAGACGUAGGUGAUUGGGCUCCAGAUGCACUACCAGGUGAACCGGGUGAUAUUGGUUUACCAGGAUUUGAUGGAGUACCCGGUUUAAAAGGUUUUCCAGGAAAAACAGGGUUCCCUGGAGCGCGAGGCCAAAAAGGAGAAAUGGGUGAUAUUGGACUUGCUGGUAUUCCCGGAUUAAAUGGGCCUAAAGGUGCACGUGGAUCGCCAGGUUUUAGAGGCCGUACUGGUGCUAAGGGUUUACAAGGACCAAAAGGUGAAAGGGGAGUACCAGCUCCGCAAUAUUUUGCGCCUAGAAGUAGAGGAUUCCAUUUCACGAGGCAUUCUCAAUCGGAGCAAAUACCAGUUUGUCCAUCAAAUACAGUAAAAAUGUGGGACGGUUAUUCUUUAUUACACAUAAUGGGUAAUGAAAGAUCACACGGACAAGAUUUGGGUGCUCCCGGAAGUUGUUUGAGAAAAUUCAACACAAUGCCAUUCUUAUUCUGUAACAUCAAUGAUGUAUGCGAUUAUGCUCAAAGUAAUGAAUACAGUUAUUGGUUAUCAACUACGGAACCAGUUCCGAUGACAAUGACAAAUAUUGCUGCCCAAAACGUACAGAGAUAUAUUUCAAGAUGUUCUGUAUGCGAAGCACCAACGAGAGUAAUUGCAGUUCACAGUCAAACGGUGGAAGUACCACUAUGUCCUCAAGGAUGGGAUCAACUAUGGAUUGGAUACAGUUUCCUCAUGCAUACUGAUGCAGGAGCAGAAGGCUCCGGUCAAUCUCUAGUAUCUCCUGGGUCUUGUCUAGAAGAAUUCCGACCAAAACCAUUUGUCGAAUGUCACGGUCACGGAACAUGCAACUAUUACACAACCGCCGUUUCUUAUUGGCUUGCUACUAUAGAAGACUACGCUAUGUUCCGCAAACCAAGACCGGAAACCCUAAAAGCGGGUUCUCUUACUCAAAAAGUUAGUAGAUGUUCUGUAUGUAUUAGAAGAAAAAUAGAAAGAAAUCCAGUACCAGUACCUGAAGUACCUAGUGAGAUAAAUAGACCUUACAACAGACCAUCAUACACUGGUUCAUCAUCCUAUGGAUCUUCAUACGGUACUUCAUCUGGAUCUUCAUACGACAGUUCCUCGGGAUCGACACGUUAUGGCGUAUCACCAGGUUCAUCUGCUUACGGUUCUUCUGGUUCAUCUUAUAGAACGUCUUCGGGACCGUCAGCCGCAGCAGCUACAGGAGGAUCGUACGGAGCAUCAUCCAGAGGUUCGUACGGAUCAUCCGCGGGAGAUUCAUAUGGAUCGUCAGGAAGAGGUUCAUAUGGAUCAUCAGGAGGAGGUUCAUAUGGAUCUUCGGGAGGUUCAUAUGGAUCUUCGGGAGGAAGUUCAUAUGGAACAUCAUCAGGAGGAUCGUAUGGAUCAUCAGCAGGUGGUUCAUAUGGAUCAUCAGGAUUACCACAAUCAUCGGCAACAUCUCGCACAUCAUCUCAAGGACGGUCUUAUAGACCAACUGUAUACCGACCAAAUAAUCCUCCACCUCCGUUCAUUAGCCCGAGUAGAGAUUCCGAACAAUCGACUUCAAAUCCGACUUACAAACAGCUUAAUACCGGAACCAGAAGGACGCGUCCAAUCAGAAGAAGAAGACCAAACAAUAACAGAGUACAUAAUCGAAUAACUCACUGAACACUCUAACGUGCCAUAUUUUUUUUUUGUUAAAUUAAUGUAAUUAAUGUACAGUAUAAAUAUUUUAAGUAUGAAUUUUCUAUCCCAUAACACUAAUGGAUUUUUCGGGAAAAAGAAAAUGUAAAAAUGUAAAGAAUCUUUUUCCAAGCGAAGCUUGAUGUUAAAUAUAUAGCCAACGUUUUAUUUUGGUGCCAUAGUCUUAAUUAAAAUUGAAAUAAUUAAGCUUAUCAAAAAUAACUUGAUGUGAUUCAUCUGUGUAUCAAUCGUAGGUUUUAAGCACUGCCAAAAAUAAAUUGUAAUAAAUUAAACAAAUAAACGAUAUUUCUUAAUUAUAAUAAUAA